CGGAGCGCGUGAUGGAGGGCCUCCCGGCAGUCGAGCCCGUCGAGCUGCGGGACCUCGUGGCACGCUGCGUGGACAAGAGCUACGAGAACUUCCGCGGCCUCGCGCAUGGCCUCGGCGGCGUGGCCAAGGCUGAGGAGCGCCGGGAGCAGGCGCUCAAGCACCUUGCCGACACGCGCAGCCUCUUUGAGAAGCUGCUCGUGCUCACGCGCUGGUCGGUGCAGAGCCCGCUCGCCGCGCAGUGCGCCGAGCUACUCAAGACGGCCAAGCUCUUUACGGACCAGCUCAACGAGUCGAAUGACCGGCUCUUCUUUCUGCACGCGGAUUUGAACCGCGCCAAGGAGCGCACGUACGACCUUGCGACCGCGAUUGACGUGCUCUACGGCGGCACGUACCCGCGCCUGCCCAAGCUCAUUAGCUACGCGAUGCACCCUAAGGAGAUGCCAGACGUCGACGAAGACAAGGCGAUCCAGGAAAUGGACGACAUCAUUCGCUUCCGACUCAUUGAAGAGGAGAUUCCGUCGACGUUUACGCGCAUCGACGUUGAGGGCGGGUUUGUGAUUGCACACGUCGAAGGCGAGUUUGAGAUUGUCUUCACGCUCAACGGAAAGGAGUCGGACAGCCUUUGGCGGCUCGUCGCGAUCAACACGGUGCUCACGGACGCGGCAGCGACCGAAAAGUACAAGACGCUUGCGAGUACCAACACGCUGCGCAUCAUCAAGGCGAACGCGCCGACCGAGCUUCACUACAUGCACAUGCGCAACCUCGUGCAGAAAUGCAUGAACAAGUCGAGCGCGCCGUUCGUCGCGGCCUGCGACAUCAUGCGCGACUUUUGCUGCUCGCUUUCGCUCCAGAUCCUCGUCGCCCAGGGCCAUCUUCUCACCGACUCGCGCUGGAAGAGCAGCAACGUCGAGUUUGUCUACCACGCCGACAAGCAAGUGCUCGACAUUUGCUACUGGUCGUCGUUUUGCCGCCCAGCCGUGCUCACGACCGAAGCCGCGCAGCUCGCGGCCGAGAUGGCCGACAAGUUUAAGAAACCCGAGUCCGAAUCGCUGCCACCGUACCCGACCGCGAGCCUCUGCGUGCGCCUGUACUCGGACCCGAAGCACCACGACCUCCUCUCGCUGUCGCUGCACCCGCCGCCCGCGCCCGAGCUCCGCGCGUCGCUCUCGGACGCGCUUGUCGUCCCGCGCAACAUGUAUGGGCUCAGCGCCGAGGCCUUCCUCAUGGGCGGCAUGCGCAUGCACGUGGCGUCGGCGUUGUUUUGUCUCGAGCGCCACCUCGUGCUGGGCACGGGCGCCUCGACGCCGCUGCACUUGACGACGAGCGAGGCCGUGCACAUUGUGCGCACCGAGCGCAGCAUACACAUUGCCCGCGCCGACUCGGGCGGCCUCGCGCAGUACCAGCUCGAGAUUUCAUUCGACAGCCCGCUCGUCGAUGGUGUCGUGCGCGGCCUCGAGACGCUCUUGCAGCGCAGCGUGAAGGCGCAGCUCGGGCCGCACGGCUUUAGCUUGGCGAUCGACGACUUGAAGGCGGUCGCGGACGCCGUGAGCGCGUGUCUCCGCGAGAUGCUCGCGUACGAGAUCUCGGAGGUCGCGUCGAGCUUUGCCAACAUUGAAGUGCAUCGCCACGUCUCGGUCAACUGGGACCGGUACAUUGCGUUCCGCCGGCAGCAAGGCAACAACGUGGACGCGCUCUCGAUCUCGCCGAACGCGCUUUUUUUCCAAAUCGUGCGCAACAAGGAGUCGUGCGGGUACCUCGUCGUCGAGAUUGACCGCGAGGCUGAGUACGAGAGCUCGACCGACGUCCACUACGUCGAGAACGCCGACGACUGGAUCCGCGUGCCUGCGUUUUCACUGCUGCAGUUGAGCUCGUCGGCCGGCGCGCCGAGUGCGGUCCAGUUUUUCCAGCGGUUCCCUGCGUUCCGCAAGGACGCACUGGCGCCCAUGAUGCCGCCACCGACCAAGAAGCAAAAGACAGCGUCGAGCACACCGCCGCUCGCGCCGCUCUUCUUGCACGUCGUGAGCCUGUGCCACGAACGCAUCCAGCUGCAGCACUACGUCAACUUUGCCAAGCGCCGGCGCGUGCGCAUUCGAUAUGCAGGCCAGGGCGGCACGGCGUCGGCGGCCCACCAAAGCGGCGAGCAGAUCGUGUCGUUCCCGUUCCCCGAGCGAGUCUCGUCGGCGCCAAUGGAGAUCCGCGCGGUCCACGGGCAUUUGCGCAAGGGCGGCGGCUUUGAAAUGUGCGUCCAAUUGGCGUCGCCGCCGUUCACGUUUCUCAUUCCAAACGACUUUUUCGGGGCGCUGCACAUCGGCGACCACCACGCGCUGCCGAAUUCGAACCUCAUCUUUCGGUACCCGCCGACGACGAAAUUGCAGCCGGACAACCCGCUCGAGACGUUCAUCGCGGACUUGCUCAUGAACGUGAAGCCCAUGUGCGAGUUUGGCGUCAAGCUCGAAAAGACGCUGAGCAGCCUGGGUCGGUACGGCCCGGACGUGGAUGUCCGCGAUCACUUUAUCGUCGAGCGCGCAGACCCGUUCUCGAUUGUGCUCGCGUGCCGCACGAGCAACCCAAAACGGUGCGUCGCCGCCGGCUCGACGCCCGACGACACGAUCACGUACCGCAUCAUGGUGCAGUUCAAGCCCAAAGGCGGGUUCAUCCUCACGAGCAGCCACCGUGGCGAGCACCCGCUUCUGCAGUUCAUCCAGGCCGCGCUCAACGUACACAAUGACUCUGCGCAGCUGCUCGAGGCGCUGGAACGCACGACGAUUCCGCUCGCGAUUCUCUCGAGUGUCGUGAGCUCGCAAGUGAUCUCGGCCAAGUGCUACCGGCACGACUCGGGCCCGAGGCGAGAGGGCGGCGGCAGUCUCGGUGGCAAAAAGGGCGGCGGCAAGGGCCUCCGGUUCGGCUACAAGGGCAAGCUCCCGGGCGAAGAAAAGGGGUACUAUGCCGAGCGCACGUACGGCGGCGACGACCGGUCGUUUGUGCCCGCCGACCUCCUCUUGAUCCCGCGGUCGCAAAACCACAUUCGCCUCACGUACGCGGAUCGGUGCGGCAUUGACGUCUUCUUCAUGGAGAACGAAACGGUGACGAUCAAGAGCGCGCCGUGCGGUGCCCGUGUCCCGAGCUGCGCGGUCGACGGCGGCCUCUCGGUGUCCCACGCCACCUUUGGCGAGCGCCUUCGCAACCUCGUCUUUCCCGAAAUGGCCUCGUUGUAGGCGACGUUUGCAUCUCAUAUACUACAAGACGACGACGAUGGAUAACUUACAAGGUCACACGAUACUACACUAUUGAAUGUUGAAGCCGGUCGGG